CGCGUCCCUGAGGAUGAAUCUGAUUGGCUCUGAGGGUGAAUCUGAGCGUCCGUGAAGAUGAAUCUGAUUGGCUUGUAGACUCUUUAAACUACAAGGCGGAAGGAUUUGGAGAAACAAAAAAUGACAACAGAAGUCGAGUUUCUUCGAGAUCAAGUGAAUCGUUUAAACUCCGUUCUUGGUCGAUAUCAGGAUGAAUUUCCUCCUCCCUCCUCAAUGUCACAGGCAGAUGACGUGGUCAUGGAAUCUGCAGCUCCCUGGCUCUCAGACAGAGGUCUAAUGGCUCCUCUAAUAGAAGAAUAUGACAGACACAUACAACAGAUGGAGAUGCAGCUCAAGUUCUAUCAGAGGCAGAUGACGGACGUCAAAGCAAGCCUGGAGCAGGUGGUUAAAGAAAAUGAGCGGCUUCAUGCAGAGCAGAGAAUAUCCAUCGAAAAGCAACUGCAGUCUCUGUCCACUGGAACAGAAGGAGACACGGCAGCGGAUGCAAUCGCCAUCAGCAAUCUGGAGGAGCAGGUCAAGUGUGCCGUGGAGGAGAAAGAACGGGCUCUUCAGAUGUGGCAGACAGCUUCGCAGGAGUUGGAUCGUCUUCAGACCCAGUACCAGAGCUCCAUGAGUGACGGGCAAAUACAGGCUGUUGAACGGCAGCACAUGCAGAAUCAGCUGGCACAGAUUCAACAACACGCACAGAAGCUCCAGCUGACCAAUCAGAAGCUGGAAUCGACCAAUCAGCAGUUCCUUAAGACGGUGGCGGAACAGAGCAGUGAGCUGGAGGAGUUACGCAGUCAACUCAGGCAAGCAAAACUUGAGCAGAGAUCUGCUGCGACUAAAGUGGAGGAGAUGACCAGACUCCUGCAGAACGUCCAGGAUCAGAUGCAGAGGAGGGAAGAGGACGCAGCAGAAGCUCACGGUAGAGAGGAAGCAUCUGAUCGGAGACUACAGCAACUACAAGCAGCACUGAACCAGCUAGAGGCCAGACUCAAAGCUGCGACGCAGGACUCUGAAUCAGUCCGCAGGAAGCAGACGGAGUGGGAGCGGCAAGUGGGAGAACUGCAGGGUCGCUGCUCCUCUCUUGAAGAAGAGAAAUUUGAAGCCCUCAGUCGCCUCCGCAACUCCAUCCAGCUCGCUGAGGAAGCCUCGCUUCAGAGAGAACAGGCUCAGCUGAGGGAGAAACAGAGAGCAGAAGAGCUGGAGAAGAUGAAAGACGCUAUGAAGCAGCUGAUCCAGGAUGCUGCCUUGCGCACCAGGAAAGAGGUUGAGAGUGUUCGUAAGCAGUGUAACGCUCAGAUUCAUCGCAUGGCUGAGGAGCUGUCUGCCCUGCAGCUGGAAUGUGCCGAUAAAGAGACACAGAUUGAAAGAGCCCAUCGGGAGAGAAAAGCUGUGGAAGAGGAGCUGGAAAAGAUCUAUAAAGAGGGCCGAGUUGGAGAGCCUGAGAUGAGGAAGAUGGAGGCUCUCCAUCAGAGAUGUUUAAAUGCGGAACGACUGAAGGAUGAAACGCAACUCACACUCAACAGCACGAAAAACAAGAUGAAGAAGAUGGAGAUGGAGUAUUCAGAGGAGCUGUCGCGCUGUCAGGAGGAGGUGCGGAGGCUGCAGGCAGGGCUGACGAGUGCGAGAGAGGAGAGCACAGCCAUCAGUGAGGAGAGAGUCACACUGCAGCAAGAGAACCAGCAGCUGCACAGAGACAUGGAAGCACUCCGCAAAGAGUGUGCACAAGCUCAGAGACGUGCCAAACAACAGGUGUCCUCGAUGCAGCAGGAGCUGUGUGUGAAGGAGCAAAGUUUGGAGUCUAGGCUGAGAGAGAUGGAGGAGAGCAGUAAAAACUCCAGCGCCGGUUUGACCAGACUGCUGCUCGCUCAACAGAAAACCAUCAGCCGCUACAAAGACGAGGCCAAGAACCUCACACAGGCUUUCCAGCAGAAACUCAGCAGCCUCAGGUCAGAGCUGAACAGACAGAAACAGCGUGUUCAGGAACUGGAGAUCCAGAUGGAAGCUGAUCAUCAGAAGAUGCUGGAGUAUGAGAGGCAGGUUUCAGAGCACCAGGAGAAAAACAUGCGUCUGCAGAGGCGUCUUUCUCAGGCAGAGCAACGUGCAGCAAGUGCUUCACAACAGCUGAAUGUGAUGUCACAACGGAGAAAAGCUGCAUCCAUGAUGGAUCUUGAGACUUUAUCAUAGAUAAACAGCAACUGGUUUUUGUCACAUCAUCAUUAUCUUCUAAUAAGAAGCACCCUGAUCAGUUUGUCACUGGGCUAAUCAUUUAGAGGCAAGAGCUUUAACUGGCAGGAUUCCUCGUUCAUUUGAUAAUUAUUAUUAAUGAGAGGUUGAUGAAAUUACUGCAUUUUUUUUUUUUCUGGUGAAUGUAAUAAACUGUAUGCAUUUGUUGCCUAUGUACAAGAUGCCUGUCAAAGUUACUACCAAGCAAUUGUUUUUUUUUUUUUUAAUUACCAGUAAAACAGAUGUUUUAAAAACUGCAGAUGAUUUUAUGGUCUUACUUGAACAUAUUUUGUACUGGUUAUACCACAGGGCUUUUGAAUGUUUGAUUUCAUUGGUUCACAGCCGUUCUUAGGUGUACAAUUAGUUUUCAUUUUAGUUGCAAGCAGGUUUUUACCACAUUAUAGUUCCAUAUCACUUAUUUAUUCUAAGACAAGAUUAUUUACAAGUUAUUUCACAGAACUUUGCAGCCUACCACAGCACAGACUACCAAUGACUUCAAACAAAUACUGCAUAUGCAUCAUGUAUGCUCAUUUUGAGAGUGAUUUCUAGAUCUGGAAAAGUCAUUGAAAUACGAUGUAGUUCUAGUUUUGUCAAAGUAAAAAAAAAAAUAUGGAAGCCUGUUUCCACAACAGUUGAGUAAAAUAUAUGACUCUGUAAAUCCUAAGAAACUUUGAGUUACUGUAAUAAAAUUCUAAUUAUUACUAUAAUGAAACUUUCAUAAAGAUUUAACAGUUACACUACAUAAGAGAUGUUAUAAAAAUUCUUCUAAGAAACUAAGUCAUUAGUUUAUCAGAAUUAUGGUUUGUUAAAACAGCUAAGUGUCUGCACACAAGAGCAUUUUAAGGACAAAAGCCUGACAAAUGUCUUGAAUAAAACAUCUGACCAAUGUGUUGGUGAAGCAACCAUGGUAUAAGUGUAAUUCACUCCAAACCUGAUUUAAUUUCCAAAAAUUCCACGACCCGUCAUAUUAGUAUACUUGUACAAGAAUAACAGUAAUUAUUUCUAAUUCUAAAUUUGAUUUAGAAUUGUUCAUAUCCUCUAAAAUUGUGUAAAUUGAGCUAAAUAAACCAGAAUUUGUUCACUUGUCAAACUUUGGGUAACCUAAAUAAAUGCAUUGUUAUUUGGGGGGAGGGAAUUAUUACCACAAGCGCCCAACAUUUCAAAUGUGUUUAAUCAUACUGAAACAGAAUGGACAAAAUGAGGUGACAUUUACUGGGGUACAGCUCUGUUCAUCAACAACUUGUGCCAUAAUCUUACAAUGAAGUGUAGAGGACCAGUCUUUAUGUACAUAGUUACACACACAGGCUAUAACCACCAUCUGUAUACAACAUACACAAGACAUUUAGUACUGUAUUCCCAAACAGCUUAGGAAGGAAAUGCAUAGAUAGUGUCACAAUGCCACACACUGUCUCUACAUGGGGGAAAAAAAAAAAAAAAAAAAAUCAAA